AUGCAUCUGAAAAUCAAGCCGGGCGAGGUUUCCCGUUAUGUCCUGACACCGGGCGAUCCGGGGCGCGUCCCCGUGAUUGGAGAAGCCUGGGAUUCAUUUUCGGAAGUUGCCCAUCAUCGCGAGUAUCGCACCAUUCGCGGCAAGAUCGACGGUGUCGAUAUCUCGGCCUGCUCGCAUGGAGUGGGCGGCCCCUCGACCGACAUCGCGGUCGUGGAACUGUCCAAUUGCGGGGCCGACACGUUCAUCCGCGUGGGCUCGUGCGCGGCGCUGCAGCCGGAAAUGGCACCGGGCGACCUGAUCAUCUCGACCGGUGCCCUGCGCCUAACCGGCACCGUCGAUGCCUAUGUCGACAAGGCCUACCCGGCAGUGGCCGACCACGAGGUGCUCAUGGCAUUGAUCCAGGCCGCCGAAGAGUUGGGAGAAACCUAUCAUGUGGGCCUGGCCGCCAGCGUGGACAGUUUUUAUGCCGGGGAGGUCAACCCAAUGCCGGGUGAUUUCCGGCAAUCGAAAAUGGACACCGUUCUUGAAGACCUGACCCGGGCCCGGGUCGCCAAUUUCGAGAUGGAAGCGGCGACGAUCUUCACGUUGUGCCAGUUGUUCGGCUUCCGGGGCGGCAUGAUUUGUUCGGUCGGCGCCAAUCGCGUCACGCGCGAGCGGGCGGACUCGGCGGACUCGAUAAAGCGAUGCUGCGCCGUGGCCAGCCGUGCCGUGGUCAUUCUCGCCGGUUGGGACGCUCAAAAGCAGCGUUCGGGCAAGCGUCAUUUCUAUCCAGCGCUCGCCAGCGCCUGA